CCUCCGUGCGGUGUAGCAGGUCGGUAGGCGGGAAAUGGCGACUGGCUGCUGAGCGGCUGCGGAGCGCGGAGCCCCGGUGGCGGUGUAAACACAGCGGCGCCCGCCCGGCCCGGCCCGGCCGGUCGCCGGGGACCCGGACACUGAGGGCCCGCCUCCCGGGCACCCCGCACCCGCAGGUUCAUGUUCUCUUGUGCCUUCCGGCCCUCUCAGCUCCUGUAAUACCUGCGGCCCCUCCAGCCCCAGUGUUUCGAGUGUCCCCACCUCCCAUCAGAGUCGUUCCUGUUUGCUGUCCCUCCCGGUGCCAGCAGUGCCCACGCUAGCUUUGCUCACUGCCUGAGCUGCAAGCAGAACGCAGGGUUGUUUGUUCCCCACCGUGGUUCUGCUGAGGAGCUGAGCGUUUUUCCAGAGCUUUAUAUGUGGUACCCAUGAAAAUGAGGCUGAGAACGCGGAAAGCUUCUCAGCAAUCCAAUCAAAUCCACACGCAACGGGCUCUGAGAGCAAAGAGGAAACACUCGGAGGCGGAGGAGAACGUACCUGGGGGCGGAGGAAAACCGCAGAAAAAUGAGACAGGCUUGUUGUCUUCAAUCAAAAAGUUCAUUAAAGGAAGCACAACCAAGGAAGAAAGAGAAAAUCCUGCAAAGCGAAGUAGAAUUGAACGGGAUAUAGAUAACAACUUGAUUACAUCCACACCUCAAACAAGAGAAAAGCCUAAUAAACAGAUCUCUCGAGUACGGCGGAAAAAUCAGAUGAAUGGAGAAGCUGGAACUUAUGAAAUGACAAACCAACAUGUAAAGCAAAAUGGAAAAUUAGAAGAUAAUCCUACCACUGGCAGCCCCCCACGAACUACCUUACUGGGAACCAUAUUUUCUCCUGUUUUCAAUUUUUUUUCACCAGCAAAUAAAAAUGGAACAUCGGGCUCAGAUUCUCCAGGCCAAGCUGUUGAAGCUGAAGAAAUAGUCAAACAGCUUGACAUGGAGCAGGUAGAUGAGAUCACUACAAGUACUGCAACAUCGACCAACGGAGCAGCGUACAGCAGCCAGGCAGUGCAGCUCAGAUCCGCUGUCAACAACGGCCUGGAGGAGGUGGAGGAAACAACUGAUCGGGACCUGCCACCGCUCACAGCACCAGUAUCUCCAGACAGUGGCUACUCAUCAGCCCAUGCAGAAGCCACCUAUGAAGAAGACUGGGAAGUCUUUGAUCCAUAUUAUUUCAUCAAACAUGUUCCACCACUAACAGAAGAACAGCUUAACAGGAAGCCAGCUCUUCCACUGAAAACAAGAAGCACACCAGAAUUCUCAUUAGUUCUAGACUUGGAUGAAACACUAGUGCACUGUAGUCUAAAUGAACUAGAAGAUGCUGCACUCACUUUUCCAGUUCUUUUUCAAGAUGUCAUUUACCAGGUUUAUGUCCGGUUAAGGCCAUUCUUCCGAGAAUUCCUGGAACGUAUGUCUCAGAUUUAUGAGAUCAUUCUUUUUACUGCUUCUAAGAAGGUGUAUGCAGACAAGCUAUUGAACAUACUAGACCCUAAAAAGAAACUGGUCAGGCAUCGACUUUUCCGUGAGCAUUGUGUUUGUGUACAAGGAAAUUACAUCAAAGAUUUAAACAUUCUUGGCAGAGAUCUUUCAAAAACGAUCAUAAUUGACAAUUCACCACAAGCCUUUGCUUAUCAGCUUUCAAAUGGAAUUCCUAUAGAAAGCUGGUUCAUGGAUAAAAAUGACAAUGAACUCCUAAAAUUGAUUCCAUUUCUGGAGAAACUUGUAGAGCUGAACGAAGAUGUCCGACCUCACAUCAGAGACAGAUUUCGCUUGCAUGACUUGCUACCCCCAGACUAAAGCCUUUUCUCGAAUUACUGAAGGGGGAGAAAAUGCAGGACCCUUUUGGACUGAAACAAAACAUUGCCAUUACUGUUGAAAUUUUGCAUUUUUGUACCCCGUCUUGCUUUUCUUAUCUUUGGUGCCCAAAAAUAAUCAAGGGUUACAGAAAGAGACUUUGUGCAUCAGAGGUUGGAUCCAUUCAGAACAAUCCAGUACAGCGCAGUAGGUAGGCUAGAACAGAACAGUCUUUAGAACUAGUGCGACUCCAAUUAAAUUUUUUAAUGUACAGGACAUCUGCAGUUUAUAAAGAAUUCUGUUUCUGCCACCAGCAGUUUGACCUGUAGAAACACAGGAUUUUAUGAUAUAACAGAGAUUGAAAAUGGACUCUUAUUUUCUCUCUGUUCGGUGCUCUAAGUGGGUUUGUAGCCACUUUUCUGUUACUUUUCAGAUUCUCAUUUCAACAGGAAUGGCCAGUAAAAGUUGUUUUCUUUUUCCUGUUCAGGUUUAUAACCUUUUUACACUUUUGACCUGUAUUAGAUUAGAAUUUCAUUAUGCAUUCCUUUUAGUUGAGGCGCUUCAUAGUUUUUCUGGAAAUAGCCACAUUUUCUUAGUUUUUUUUAUUAAACAGUUGGAUGGCCGUUUUCCUGCUUUGUCUGCCUGCAUACUGUAUAUUUGUUUAAAAGUAUUCUCUACUUUUAGUCCACGUAAGUUUCAUUUAGAAAGAAAAAAAACCCGCAUUUAUAUUUUCUUUCUGUAAUAUUCUACUGUAGUUGAAAUCUUUUAAAAAAAAUCAAGAGACUGGCUAGGUAAGAAGACUCUGAGAAUGCCUGGUAGGAUAUUGGGAAGCGGUGUGAUGGCGUGUGCGCUGGACAACCGGGAGCUCGCGGCGGCACAGCCGGUGGAGACGGAUCCCUGGGCUGCGCAGGGAGCGCAGGUGGGUCCCGAUUCCCUCCAACGGCCCCGGUGUGCGCGGGGUCGCGCUCUGAGCUGCUUGGCGGGGCGGGGGACAUGGCUGCACCUGGCAGGACGGCCCAGCUGCCCUUGGACUGGUUUACUGUGGGAAUGGUCUGUGAGCCGUGGUCCCGGUGCAGCUCCCGCCAGAGGCCGAUAUUUUUGUACUGGUGUGUACCCUCCUGUGCUGGAGGCUUUUUAUGGAAAGGAGUGUUGGUAAGGGUCAGGAUGCUUCGCCUCUCGACUGCAUUAACGCCACAGGCUCAGAGUGGUUUUGUGUAAAAGAUGUCACAGAAUGGCACUUUUUCUAAAGAGAAGUUUGAUAUUUUGUAUGCUUGUUAAGAAAGUACAGUAUUGGAAAUUAAAGGUGGACAACUGAUAAUUGAGAGGUAUGUCAAUUAAUUUUUUAUGUAUAUUACCUGUUUACUUGUACAAUUUUAUUGUACAAAUUACAUGCAGCUUCAUUUUCAAAUGAGUCCUUAAAAUAAGGAAAAUCUUUUUAGCAAAACAUUUAAUUUUUGUAUUUUUGAUUUUAAAAGGCAUGAGUUAUGUCAACUUUUUCCAGUGUAUUAAUGAAGAUUUUAACUUUUCAUCAGGUUGAGUGUUUUCUUACUAUAUUAUCUGUUGUGUAUGUAGCUAGCACAUUGUGUCACUGAACUGUUUAAAAAAUUAGCAUGUAGAGCAAGCCUGUUUUGUGGAAAAUCCUUAUUCAUUAAAAAAACAAAAAAUCAUCAUGGCAGAUUUUCUGCAAAAAAGUGAAAACAUUUGUAAUUCAGAAUACUGAUUUUUUUUUGUAUUUAAAGAAAGGUAUUUUGCUUGCAGGAAAGAAAUACUACAGAUUCAUUUUAAUGAGAAUCUUUUAAAUGUAUUUAUCUUUAGGGCAUCUGGGCAUCUUUACGCUGUUUGUCUUAUGUCUUUAUUGAAAUAAAAUGUACAUAACAUUACCUUUAUAUAUGCUUUUGCGCAGCGUGUGAACCCUGUAACCAGCCCCCUUCCUUCCUGUUUUUAUGUUGAUAAGAUGGUUCUGGAAAUAUUUAUAGAUUUUGAAAAUGGUCGGCUUGUAUUUGAAUUACUACAUGGUUUGCCAACUAUUUUUUAGUUGUUUGUUACAACGUAAAUCUGAGAUUUUUAAUUAGUUUAACAGUAAAUCCUUAUUUAAUGCGGAAUUCUUCCAAAUUUCUCCAAGUAAUUGACAUAAUAGAAUUCACUAGUCUCGCAGAAUGAAACGGUUUUUGUUCAGUAGUUCAUCGCUUUUCUCUGCCUGUGAAGAGCAGAUCACCUGUUCCAAUAGUGUCCUUACACACAUGGUCCUGUCUUUGGCAAAAACCAUUCUCAAAGUGCUUCUUUAGUUAAAGAAACCAAAGCAUACAUUGCACUUUACAGCUGUAUCUGUGUUGUGACGAUCAGAUCAGUGAGGGAAAUAAAAAUGUAAAUGGAGGGAUUUAGUUCUACAUAGAUGCACAGCAAAAAUAACAGAGACUGCUUAGUAAACAUAUUAAAUAUUAAUAUUUUAAUGUGCUGCAAGUCUGGUAUUUAUCAUUCUGAGCUUUCUUUGCAGAAUGAGUCUACCUGCUUCAAAAUGUAAGUUCCUAAAAGUGUCAAACACUCUGGCAUGAACAGUCUUUGCAUGGAGCAGAGGUACAACCCAUGGGGGUUUAUUUUCAUUUCUGAGUCUCCUGGGUGGGACUCGGCUGCUCUGACGUGAGUGGCUCAGCCUGUCACCCCUGCCAGCCGGGGAGUCCCUGCGUGCGUCACUCGAGUCUUGAAUGUAGAACUGCGCAACUCCAGCAGUUCAUCUUGUAGCUGUAUCAUUUAUUCCAACUUUAUGUAUUUUUAGAAAACAUAACGUCAUAUUUCCAAAGUUCUUAAUGAUUUCAUUUGUGGUCUUUUGCUCGAUCGCGGUAAUCGCAUGUUAAUUUUACAUGUCCACAUGUAUUCUGUUCUAGGUUUGAGCAUUCUUGGUUCUGACAGCAAAAUAACAUCUUCCAUACUUGUUUUGGCAAUACAUGUUCAAUCUCUUUUUUUCUUUAUAUUGCUAUAUAGCUAGAAUAGCAUUCACCCUGGUAUUAUUGGCUUCCUUUCUGCCUUUGAUUCAUUUCACCUUCCAUCUGUGUAGGAAAACACUUUUUUGUUACUUUUGAAAUGUAUCAGAAAGCCUGAAUGUUUGAAGAGCUGAUUAAAAAUCUCCCAAACCGAGAGUGGUACCAGCAAA